AUGGAGGGCCAGUCCGGCUCUGCUUCUCAGCCUGUGGCUGCACAGAUGCAGCAGAACUCUGCACUGAUCCGGACUGACCAAGUGCAGAAGCUUCCGCAUCUUUCUGACUCACAGAAACAAACACAUACUGCUAUGGUGCGGGGCCUUUGGGACAUCCUCAACUCGAACCCUCCUGGCUCCAACGAAUACAACGGCGCACACACGAAAUUAACCCAGAUCUCUCAGAAUCUCAUGCGAGGCAUGAGAUUGUUUCAAGCCAGCCGUCAGCAGCAGAUUCUCGCGCAGCAGCAGCAACAACAAGCCCAGCACCUUCAGGCGCAGGCUCAAGCGGUUCAAGCGCAAACACAAGCUCAAAACCAGCAGCAACAGCAAUCGCGAUCGCAGCAGCAGCAGCAGCAGCAGCAGCAACAAGGCCAGAUGAACCGACCCGCCACCACCCAAGGUGGUUCCAACCCCGCCGCUCAAGCAAGGCCCCAGAUGGGCAUCCCGCAGAGUUACCAGCAGCUGCUCCCGCAAAUUCGCGCCAAGGUCGAUACCCUCAUGUUCAUCCUCCCGCCGACGAUCGCGAAGGACCAGUCCGAGACUUGGUUGCAGGAAGCAAGGCUUCGAUAUGGGCUCGCAUUGCAGAAGCAGGAGCUAGGCAAGGUUAAACUCAACGACCUACGUACUCAGUACACCCAGCGCCAGAGUGCUGGAAAUCUGUCUCAAGAGGAGAUUCAGGAGUUCAAGAAUCGCCAGACAAACGCGGAAAAGCUCUUGCGCGAAGGAAGCGAAUUUUUGGGCAAAUUCAAAGAGCAGCAAGAAACUUUCCGUCUUCAGACACAACAGCUCGCGGCAAGUCGCCAAGGUGUUCAAAACGCGUCUCUGCCAGGCCAGAUUCAAGGAGAUGGCCGUCCUCAGCAGCCUUCUACGACUGCGCCGGCUCCGCAUACGAUCAAUUCUGCCGUCGUCGCUGCUCGCGCCGGGCAAACCCCUUCUCAAGCGCCAGGCCAGACUACCGCUUCUACCACCGGAGUCACCCACGCCCCUACUCAGCAACCGGUGACUGCUGCCCAGAACACGCCAUUGAAUGCCUUUGGCCAGCAAGCAAUCCAGGACAGCAUGGCUUCUACGGCUCAAGUUCCAACCACCCAAGGUCCUCCACGUCCGUUGUCUCAGCAAGCGGCCAUGGCCCAAGCAGCACAGAGUUAUUCCAACGUGGUGAAUCAGCCGCCGACGACCACACAGCCAGCCACUACGCACGCACACCCACAGAACUACCCUACUAGCCGCGGCGAUACGCGCAAUGUUACCAUGGCGAUUCCGAAGAAUCUGAACGUUCCUCCUCCCGAGCCUGUUAGCAUGGGUCCGUCCCGCCCUACUCUUACCAGUGGGCCAACUCAUGGGGCUACAGGCGUUAUGGGCCAGCCAGCUAUUCAGAAACAUCCGGGUUAUGUUUUGGAAGGGGAAGGUCAACACCUUUUGAGCAAGAAAAUGUUGGAUGGCCUUGUGAAGCAGGUUACUGGCGGGGGGGAUGGAGAAGGAUUGACUCCGGAUGCUGAAGAGUUCCUCCUUCAAAUGGCCGAUGACUUUGUCGACGACGUUAUCGUUGCGGCUUGCCGACUCGCCAAACUCCGUCCAUCUGCCACCCUUGACAUUCGCGAUAUCCAGCUUGUUCUUGAACGCAACUACAACAUGCGUAUUCCCGGAUUCACCGCUGAUGAUCUCCGUACCGUCAAGAAGCCGCAUCCCACCCAAGGCUGGAUUCAGAAGAUGUCUGCUGUUCAGGCUGCCAAGGUUACCCAAGGGCGCACUGACUGA